AUGAUUGUCUGCAAGUAUACAGAUCUACUUUCGACUGAAACAAAAAUGUCCGAUGUUUUUCUCUUUAAUUUUCUCCUUUUAAUUUUCUUUCUUUCUCUCUCUCUCUCUCUCCUGGCUCUCUCUCUCUCUCCCUCCUGGCUCUCUCUCUCUCUCUCUCUCUCUCACACACACACACACACACACUCUCUCUCUCUGUUUCAGUCAUUUCUCCAUAUCGUUUUCUCACCAUCCUUCCCUCUCUAUUUGUUUCUCAUCAUCCCUCUCUCUACAUUUGUUUCCACCAACCCUCUCUCUCUCCCUCAAUUUGUUUCUCGCCAUCCCUCUCUAUAUUUGUUUCUCAUCAUCCCUCUCUCUACAUUUGUUUCCACCAACCCUCUCUCUCCCUCUAUUUGUUUCUCGCCAUCCCUCUCUCUAUAUUUGUUUCUCAUCAUCCCUCUCUCUACAUUUGUUUCCACCAACCCUCUCUCUCUCCCUCUAUUUGUUUCUCGUCAUCCCUCUCUCUACAUUUGCCAUCCCUCUCUCUAUAUUUCUUUCUCAUCAUCCCUCUCUCUACAUUUGUUUCCACCAACCCUCUCUCUCUCCCUCUAUUUGUUUCUCGCCAUCCCUCUCUCUAUAUUUGUUUCUAUCUCGCUCAUACUCUGUAAUUUACUCUAA